AUGGACCCCUUCUCCCCCGUUCAGCAGCCCGACGAAGGCUACUCGGAAGACCCUCUCAACCACCACGAAAGCUCCGCGCUGCUAUCGUCUCUCUCUAGCUUCCAGUCGCCUUCUGACCUCGCAAUAUGGAUGGCGCGGAAUGCUUCCAUGUUUCCCACAUCUGUCAAGGCCGAACUUACCAUGGCUCUGUUGGAGGAGCUGCCGACCUCGACCAUCGCUGGCAUUGUCCAGCGUCUACGACCUCGACUCUACAUUGACUUCAUCAACCAUCUCCCCGCGGAAAUCUGUCUCAAGAUUCUCUCUUAUCUCGACCCAAUAUCUCUCGUCAACGUGCUGCAAACAUGCCGCGCCUGGUACGAUCUGGCUCUGGACAGAAAGCUCUGGGAGCGUCUCUACCACCUCGAGGGUUGGAAAGUAAUAUACAAGGAGAUAGAAGCAGAGGAAAAGAGGAUUAACGAAAACAUCAAUAACUCCAUCAGUCAAAUGCAGACUGCUGACGGCCCGGUCAACAAGGUCCGCGCCAUCAUGAGCGACGAAGACGAAGAUAUGGAAAUGAUCGAUAGCGAGCGCACACAAGUUUCUAAGGAUAGCUUUUCUGGGCAAAGCCUAUUCGGUUCUCCGGCAACCUCGUUCUCCUCAAGUCGCCGGGCCAUUACACCUCUGGGCGACGUCGACAUGUCUAAUUACUUCUCCAAGGGAAAGAGUGUUGACAGAAGCUUCGGAUCGAUCGACGUGCGAGCGAAACGAAAAGCUCCCGAUAGCAGCCCCGACACGUCUUCUACUGUACAUCCGGCGCAAGACCCCAACGCCGUCAUGCGGUCCAAGCUAUGGACUUGGGACUCGGCGAGCUCCAAGCACCGACUAAACUGGAAGUAUUUAUACAGCAUGCGUCGUCGUCUAGAGUCAAACUGGGAGCUGGGAAAGUUCUCGACUUUCAUGUUUCCUCACCCAGAUUAUCCCGAGGAGGGCCACCAGGAGUGCGUGUAUACUAUUCAGUUCGACUCGCAAUACCUUGUGAGUGGCAGCCGAGACCGUACCAUGCGAAUCUGGGACGUCACGACCGGCAGGCUUGCCAGAGCGCCACUUGUUGGACACCAUGGCUCUGUGCUAUGUCUCCAAUUCGAUGCAGACCCCGAGGAGGAUCUUCUAGUCUCUGGUAGCAGUGACUCCAACGUCUUCAUCUGGAAGUUCUCGACGGGAGAGCUGCUGCAGAGAAUUACCAGAGCACACAGAGAAUCUGUCCUCAAUGUCCGAUUCGACAAGAGAAUUCUUGUCACGUCGUCCAAGGACAAGACGAUCAAAAUCUUUAACCGACGGCCGCUACGCUACGGCGACCUUGGAUACGAACCAGUUGGCGCAGUAACCGCAACGGUCAAGCCGUAUGGCUACGAGCCCGACCUUGCACAAGAGCUACCCGUCAAGCCUGAGUUCACAAUGAUUGGCCGUUUGGAUGGCCAUAGCGCUGCAGUCAACGCAAUCCAAGUCAAGGGCAGGACCAUCGUUUCCGUCUCUGGCGAUAGGAAUAUCAAAGUGUGGGACUGGCCAGACCAAGUUUGCAAGCAAACAAUCCCGGCACACGACAAGGGCAUUGCCUGUGUAGAGUUUGACGAGAGACGUAUCGUCAGCGGCAGCAGCGACUAUGAAGUAUGCAUUUUCGACGCGCCGACAGGCCUUAAAGUGGCUUCCCUUCGAGGGCACGCCAAUCUCGUCAGAACAGUCCAGGCUGGCUUUGGUGACCUGCCAUAUAGUCAAGUCGAAGACGAGGCCGAAGCACGACUUGUGGACGCCGAGUACUUGAAGGCGGUCGAAACCGGAGAAUUGGGCUCCGAAGGCGAACGCCGCGCUACUCGCCGAAGUCGACGUGCCAACGCUGGCAGCUCGAAACCCGAAGAUCUUCAAGUAUUCGGUGCCAAGGUGCCUCCUGGAGGCGGUGGCGGUCGCAAAUACGGCCGCAUCGUGUCAGGCUCGUACGACCAGAGCAUCAUCAUCUGGCGGCGAGACAAGGAAGGAGUGUGGAAACCUGCGCACUAUCUACGACAAGAAGAGGCAGCAGAGCUCGCUCAAAGCCAGCAUGCCGCCCAGAGAGGGCCGCAAGUGCGGAUGCGAGUUCCGCAGGCCAACCUCCCCAUUCAUCCUUCGACUGCCGUCGUUCACCAAGGCGUGGCUCAGCCGGCCCAGCCGGCCCAGCCAGCCCAGCCGCCGCCUGAUUCUGCAACUGGCAACCAGCGCAUUGCGGGCCUUUACAUGGCCUACAUCGACCAAGUUGUUCCUGCAGGCGUGACUGCGCUCGAGCAUGCCUUGACCACCUAUCCAGCCAUCCUAGGGUUCCACACGUACCUGCAGUCUGCCAUCGAAAGAGAGGCCUCGCCGCACUUGCGGCUUCAACUUCGCCAAGCUGUCACAACCGCGCUGAGCAACAUUCAGAACGGUCGAAUUACACGGCCUAGGCGAGAGCCUGUCGCCGCCUCGGCGAGCUCGUCUAAUGCAGCGACCGCCGGAUCAUAUAGUGGCAGCACUGCUGGCAGCCAAAGCAGAAGAGGCGAAGCAUCAUCGUCGGCUGCAGAAUUGUCUGCCGCAGCACAAUCAUCCCAGCAACCGCAGCCACAACAACAGCGCCAACACAGUGAACAGGUAUCUGUGUCUGGCUCAACUGAAACUGAAGUCCACGCACCGGUCCCAACACCAGCCGUGCCGUUCCAAGCGGCGCAAGCAGCAGCUCCAGCACACCACCAUCACCACAGACAUCACCAUCAUCACCACCCGCAUCUAACCCCUGCCGAGAACGCGCCGGCCCGGGUUUUCAAGCUGCAAUUUGAUGCCCGCAAGAUCAUCUGCUGCACUCAGUCGCAAAUUAUUGUUGGAUGGGACUUUUGCAACGGUGACAAGGAACUGCAAGAGGCCUCGCGAUUCUUUGCCGCCGUCGACUGA